AUGUCAAAAUGUGAUCAGGAUAGAAAGGGGGUUUCUUUAGCCAUUGAUAAAAGUGAGGGAAUCCUGUGUCCAAUAGCAAUUUUCGAGGUUCCAUCAGCUGGCUCCUGGGGCUCGGCCUUAUCCCUGUCCAGUUCCUUUGCAAUUUUGGCAAAUUAUUCAUCAACUGUAGAGAACCUGGUAGAUGCUAGCAUUUCGGACAAUACAAACAGCAUAUGGAUCAUUGGUUCAUCUUUGAUAUUUUGGGCUCAGAAAUAUGCUCAACAGAGAAUGCUUAACAACCUGGGAUUUGAAUCACAUAGGAUAAUUUGGCAUGGAAUAAGGGGUAUGGUUUGGUCACAGCUUUAUCCAACCAUCCAAAAGAAAUUAAAAGAUAAUAACCCACCAACAAUCCUAGUAAUACACUGUGGUGGCAAUGAUAUUGGUAAUCCUCAUAAUACGUUGAAGGGUUUACAAAUGUACAUGAAAUCUACCAUUGUAAAUAUUUCACAAUUAAUGCCAAAGACAGUUAUUGUUUGGUCUCAUAUUUUACCACGAAGUAAUUGGACCUUAUGUCUUUCUAACAAUGAUGGAGAAAAUUGGAGAAGAAGAAUCAAUUCUGCACUUGCUACUUUUGUUGUUAAGAAAAUGUGUGGGGCCUCCAUUAAAUAUCCUGAUAUUUUAAAAAGACAUGUAGCCCUUUUUCGCAAAGAUGGUGUACACUUGUCAGACUUGGGUAAUGACUUGUUUGUGAAUUCUUUAAGAUAUGCUCUGGGGGUGUUUUUGUCAACCACUGACAGAUUUUAUCCUACUACUCCCACAUGUACUUGUUAAGUCUUGUCAUGGCCAAUCCUUGAA